AUGAAGUCGUAUAUUCGUCUACGCCUUUCUGAAACAAAGGCAUUGUUUUGGUCUAUGUUUUACAAUGAUCAUUGCGAUUUAAACUAUGCGAUCGACACUUUGUUUGAGCCCAUGUUUUGGUUCGUUGAUAACUAUGUGUCUUUUCUCGGCAAGGCCUUCACUUUGUUUCUUUUCUGUAUGGUAGUUAUAGUCAUUCUCAUUGGCUACUUUAUCGUUGCGCCGUACGAAUGGCAACGAAGACCGACGAUCGAAAUCGUCGCCUAUUUGGUUAUCGGCCAUUGGUUACUGAUAAACUUCCUAUUCAACUAUUACAUGGCUUACGUUGUGAAGCCCGGAUUUGUAAUGAAAGGGCGUUUCAUUGACAACGCAGUUAGUAUGUGCAAGCAUUGUAUAAGUCCUAAGCCACCACGAACUCAUCACUGUUCUAUUUGCAAUAGAUGCAUCCUGAAAAUGGAUCACCACUGUCGAUGCUUGUAUAUCCUGGUCGGAAUGCGCUACACAUUCGUUGACCAUUACUGGCUGGAAUCGGCAGGAAAUCAGAGCAGUGCUUUCGGUGCGAAAACUGUAAGGUACUGCAUUCUUGUCGAUUACCUGACCGUAUGCGGUAUGGUGCUCGGUCUCUUGGCACUGAUAUGCUGGCAUGCGCAUCUGAUUUCUCACGGUGAGACAAGUAUCGAGCGGCAUAUCAACGGGACUAUGCGAACAAAAUAUAAGAACUAUGUCAAUCCUUACAACUUUGGCGUUUCGCGAAAUUGGAAGAAGUUUUUGGCUAUUAAUAACUUCCACAAGAACUUACUCUUUAAUGUGCUUCUGCCGUCGAUCUAUAAAGCAGAAGGAAAUGGUAUUUACUGGGAAACCGUUGACAAUGUCAAUGCCUGGCUUCAUGAUUCGAAUUAUGGCGACAAGAACAGGUGA